AUGAACGCAGCAAGACUUCAAACCACCAUCAGACAAUCAGUCACCUUUGCUAGAAACUGGGCACCAACUGCUGCUAUGUGGGGUGCAACUGCCACUGGUGCACUGUUGUUCGCCAUCCAGCCAAGCUUCCUCUUUAAGCAUCUCCCAAUUAUUGGUGAUAGAUAUUUGACUGCCAAGGAUAUCCAAGCCGCCAAGAAGAAGGCUGAGGAGCAGUAG